GCCUUUUUAAGUGAAAUUGGAGGUGGAGAUCACAUCCUGAUUUCAUUUGUGCAAAGCAGAAUGCCCAGAUUUUAUUUCCGUCAGCCAAACGCAUAAAGAGGUAGCAGAGAAAGAUCUGUUUGGAAUAAUGCCAGAAUCAACCAGAAUGCUUUGCUAUCUUUUUAUGGCUGGUUGUGCAAUAAUGCUCACUCCUAGUGGUGCACUGGAAUCCCUGAAUACAUCUGUCAUGGUGAUCAGCAAAGAAGAGGCCAUAAUUUCAAACCACUCUGUCUGUGGGAUGUCUCGAGAUUCUAUUGCAGCAACUGGUGAAAAAUUGCUAAAACAAUUAAGUCAGUGCCAGAACCUGACUGCACAUCAAAUUAAAGCAAUUCGACAAAUCUUCAGCAGUGGAAAUACUUCAUUUGGGCCUCCUUCUACAUGGACAUCUUCUGUUCUGGAUCAACUGAGUCAACUGAUCCUAAUCCUGGAUCACAGUAUUCUGCAAAGUAUUCCUAAGAAUGUUUUAAUGCCGUGGUUAGAAAACUCCAUUCUCCAUUCUGAUCUGUCACAAAAUCAGCUGGUCCAUAUUAGGGAAAGCCUUAAAUCCUCCAGAACAAAGCGUGGGAUCGCAACGUGCCCAACGGACAAAGUCAUCACAAAGGAGAUACUAAAUGAUGACCUGAUGGAUGAGCUUCUAUUUUAUACUCCGAUAGAAUUGAAAUUGUGCUUGACUAAGGAAAACCUAAUGAACAAUAUUAGUGCAUUCUCAGACUACCCUUUCACAGAUGAACAGCUGAAAGCAGUCAAGGACAAACUGGAUGAGAUAUUUCCUGAGGGAUAUCCUCCUGCUGUAUUCAGUAAUCUUGGACUCAUUGAAAAACUAAUAGAUGAAAAGAAGAUCAAGCAGUGGACUAUCAAUUCAACAAGCACAGUUCAUGCUUUAUUGGAUUCUGUGUCUGAUGAUAAGCUGAGAAUUGCAGUUAUUCAGCGUUACAUUGAAUCGAGAAAGCAAAUUAAUAGCGAUUUUCUGGAUGUGCUCGGGCCAUACAUCUGUCUCCUGAAUGAGGACCAGUUCAGCAUGAUAACUGAAAAGAGCAUUGAGAUGGCCACUCUCCUUGACCCAUCCAAUUGCUCCUCAGCCAUCAAGGAUCAUCUGUAUCCCAAAGCCAAGCGGGCCUUUUCAGAUCGUCACUAUGAAUACAGUGAAUAUUAUAAACGGAUCAGACCAUUUCUAGGAGGUGCUCCAGGUGAAGAUCUCAGGGCACUUAGUAAAAAUGAUGUCAACAUGGACAUUCAAACUUUUUUGGGCCUGAAAGGCAGCUCUCUAAAGGAAUUAACCCCUGAAAAUGUAAAAGGCCUGCUGGGCACAAAUCUAAACAACCUGAGGGACAAUCAGAAUGUGCCACUUGUACGAGAGUGGAUCCAGAAGCAGAAGCAAUCUGAUCUGAACAGCCUUGGUUUGGGACUCCAAGGUGGCCUUCCCGAAGGGUUUAUUAUUCUUAAAAGGCAUAAGAAAUAAGGCUGAUGAGCGCUGAAUGUGCACCUUCUGCUACGUGACCGUUUGGCUUCUUGUUUCAACCGGGCACCACCUAUUCGAGUUCAUCUCUGCAAGUGAAGAGCUACUUGUGCAAACAAAAGUGAAUAAAUCUAUUGUUUGAGGA